AGAGAGAGAGAGAGAGAGAGAGAGUGGGACAAUAAGGAUGGAAGAGAAGAGCAGAGGUUGCCAUGACUACCAAGAACCAGUGGCGCCAUUCGUAGCGAAGACGUAUCAGAUGGUGAGCGACCAGAGGUUGGACUCCUUGAUCCGGUGGGGGAACCAGAACAACAGCUUCCUCGUUGUCGACCCCAACGACUUCUCGCAGCUCCUCCUUCCCUCCUUCUUCAAGCACCGCAACUUUUCCACCUUCAUCCGCCAGCUCAACACCUAUGGAUUUCGGAAGGUGGAUCCUGAUAGAUGGGAGUUCGCUCAUGAGUCGUUCCUCAGAGGGCAGGCUCACCUCCUCCCUUCUAUCACCAGGCGGCGGAGGAAGACCCAAGGUGUCCUGCAUGGAAGCAGUAGCAGGGGCAGGGGAGGCGUGGAUGGGGAGGAAGAGCGGCUGCUACUGCAGGAGCUCGAGAAGUUGCAGCAGCAACAGAGAAGUCUCGAGGAGGAGGUGAAGGCCAUGAGCAAGCGAGUGCAGGCCACCGAACGGAGGCCGCGUCAACUUAUGUCCUUCCUCGUCAAAGUGGCCGAGGACCCCAAGCUUCUCCUGCAAAGACUCGUUCGCUCCAAACAGCAGCAGCAGCUAUCUACGGAGAAGAAGAGACGGGUAUUCGCUUCCCCUGCAACAACUUUGCUGCCUUUCGAUGAGGUUUCAGCAAUGCUUAAGCCUUCACGUACGGAACCAAAACCACUUGAGGUCGGUGGUUUUGAUCUUUCUGCACGUCAAACAAGUUCCCAACCUGAGUUUGGACUGAGCGGGACGAGUUCAGGGACAGCAUCAUCAACAGUAGCCUUCCCCUUCACCUUGCUCGACCAAGGAUUUUUCUAGCCUUACGUCUGCAGGUGCUACAGUAGCGAGAGUCCAAAAAAAAAAAUCUGAGGAUCAAUCUUACUCUAUCUUUGGAGAAUCUAGUCUACAAUUGGAAGACUUGCUUUAAGCGCAUCUUCCAUUACCACUCUGUAUACUUGUUAAUCUAGUAGAAGAGAUCUUACAUUCCGGUUA